GUGCUAGUGAGCCGUCGGUGCAAUUAGGUUUAAUUGUUUCGGCUGCACCAGACAGCGGAGACAGCAGGGAAGGCGAGAUCUCCGCGCCGAGCGCUUCACUACAUAAUACAUGGAACAGUGCCAACUCGGUCGUCGUGCGUAACUAGAGUUCAUUCUGUGUCUCAAAAUAGUUGAAGAUUUUCGUACACAGCUGUGGUGACAAGUGCAGCGAGUCGGCCGUACAUUUUAUUGGAAUUCCCGUGUUGUGUCACUCGUGUUGUGAAUCGCGUAACGUUUAAAACAUUGCUUAUUUUGUACAUUAUUCAUUAAAAUCGGAAAUAAGUGUGAUAAAGUGUUUCCAGGGAUUAUAAUAUUUAUCCUUUAAAGGUGCUCAACGUGAGACUGAAGUACAAGACUGAUAUGAUGAGAUAGCCAUGUCGAAGGUGCUGAGCGCCCUGGGAGGCGCGCUGCCGGACGAGCGGCCCCUACUCUCGCUGCAGAUCGUCGAGUCGGUCGCCAAGUGCCCCACGGGCUACUGGCCUGUCAGUAGGACCUACGAUGAGGACGCCGACGCCGGCCUGCUGCGCCAGAAUGGACUCUUCGGCAAGAAACCUAGUCACUACAUUUGCUUGUCAAAGUCUGAGGGAGUCCCCGGGUACGUGAUGGACGGCGUGACGGUGGUGGGCGAGCGCGAGGCGGCGCCGGCCGGGUACAGCGUGGCGGGGCGCGCGGGCAAGCGGCGGCUGUGCACGCGCGUCUCUCGCCACGCAGCCGCGCCCUCCGCGCCGCCAGUCACCGACGUCAUCGUCUGCUCCAAGAUGCGCAGUGCUCCUCAAGGGUUCAUAUUGGCUGGCGAGAUCAACGGCAAGGUGGUGUGCUACAAGGUGAGCGGCGGCAGCGCGGACACGUCGCCCACGCACGCCGCCAACGAGUACGAGAACAUCGUCACCAAUGUCACGCCCGAAGCCAACAGGAGGAUACGAGCGGUCCCAGAGCGCCCUCCGAAACUCUCCCCCCUCGUAAACGAGCUGAACAACCUGAACCUGACCCAAUCCCCGCCGUCGUACCCGAAGAUCGACGAGUUCACGACGGAGCACGACUACGAGGCGCUGAGCCCGGCGUACAACAUCAAGCCGUCGCGCCCCGCACCGCGCCCGCCGCCCGCCAAGUCCCCCGCGCAUGCGCCCGAGCCCACCUCCCCCGCCGCGCCCGCCAGGAAGAAGGGACCCGCGCCGCUGCCCCGGAACACCAUCUAUCAGACCCUGGGCGGCUACAACGGCAUGGAGGGCGUGCCGUUUGUGCUCAAUCCGAAGCUGAGGGGGCUGCCUAGCGACUCUUUGGUGCAGCUGCCCUCGAUCAAGCGGCGCACGCGGUUCGACCUGGACCGCGACUACACGUACAGCUUCACCGUGGAGAGGCAGACGUGAGGAACGACCUAUCCGCGGCCCUCCCGCACCGAGACAAGGUUCACAAUUACAUAGCUCACUUCAUAAACGAUACGACCUCGGCAUUGUGUUGGCAAGGCGAUUGGAUGCAAUGUUUGAUCAAACUUGUGAUGUGAAUGAAUGUUGAGUGUUGGUCGGUUGGAUAUUUGAUCAAAUUAAAUGUCAUUGAGGCGGUUGGUAUAGCAUUCAAUUAGGUUUAGAUGACUUCAGAAAGUCUAUGGUAUUUGUACCAAACAGACAAGGAAACGAAAAAUAAAGAUAACUGACACAGACCUCAUAGCAUUAAUACUUCAGAUGGUGCUGUGUUUUGGACUUUACGUGAUCGAAACUAUAUCAAGUAGAGCGCCACAAAUUCCAUAGUGUAUGUUAUUUGAAUGUGGUAUGGGCGAAUGGUUUUGUGGAAACUUCGCUCCAAGACAGAUAUUGAAUGAUACGGUGAACCUUGUGAGGGCGAUAAUAAAGUUGUAUGUGCGAUGUCAGAUGGCGAGCGAUGCGAUAGAACGAUCAUAUUGUUUUUUUUUUUAUUAUUAUAUUUGACACCUUUAUGUGGAGUAUUUUUUUUUCGCUCGUGCAUCGCAUCGCUCGCUGCUCGACAGGGCCUUUAUGGCGUAAAAGAUUAAAAAAGGUUUAUAUCGACGUGUGAAUUGUAAAUGGGAAGACUGUUCAGCUUUAGCGAAUAUUGGUGUGUUUGAUCAAACAUUCGAUACGAUUUGUUGGUAUCGAUUUUAAAUCUGCCGUCAAUGAGCGGUAGUAUUUGAUUUGUUGUGAAUCAAUAAAUGAAGGCUUUAGAUUGGUGAUUUAAUACAUGUUGCGCACUUACGAGUGUAUAUUUUAAAUACUUUAUUACCUGUCAUCGAUUUGUUAUACCUUCGAUAAUCGAUUGUAACUUUGCAAUUUAUAUUUUUGUGUGUGUUAUAUGCAGGUGUUACAUCACCAAUCUAUUUUGCACGAAUUUAGAAUGUAUAAUAAUUAACGAUUGUAAACUAUAUUCGAUUAUCCUCAAUAUUUCGAUUAAUUCGUACAGUUCUUAUAAAUAUCGGUUGUGUUUUUAAUAAUAUUAAUUAAGAACGUUGGGAAUUAAUGUUCUGUUAAAUGACGCUGCUUAUAUCCAAUUGGAUUUUUAAGUAAUCCAUUAUUCGACUAUGACAAAAAUUCGAAUUAACAAACCUUUGGGUUGGCAUGAUUUUGUUGUUUCGCUGCCUGAUGGGUUAUUGUCGUAACAGCCGUUUUCAAUAAACGAUCGUAAUCUCAAUCUUCAAUUCAAUUCCAAUCUAAAUAACUCAUUUGUAAGCAUGUCAAAAACACUUUGUUCUAAUUGGUCCAUUUUUUGAGAUAGAUCGUAAAAAACGAUUGGAAUAGUUUAUUGAAAAUGGCGGUAAAAGGAGCGCAAGUAAGAUGUACCUAAUCUGAUUAGAAGUAAAAUUGUUUUAAUAUCCACCACUGACUGUAUUUUUUAUGUUGUGAUGAAAUAUUGUUUUUGGUAGACUGAUUUUAUUGCAAUACUGUUUGAGAUUAAAUUAGUUUGUGUAACACCUAUAAAACUAUAACUAUUUAACUAAACUAUCAACAAUUGUUCGGUUUUGUAUCUGAGGUCAAUGUCUUUACAGCUUAUAAUUUAUUCUCGACAUGUUACGCCUUGCUCCUUGUAGAACGUAAGCAAGGAAACCUUUUGGCUAGUGUCCGAAGCUGUUUAGCCGAAAUCUAAUUACAUUUUGGCUGAAUUAUAAAGUUUCUAUGGCCUCAGAAACGGACUAUGAGAUUUUGUCAUUAAAUUUACUGAUUUUUGUGGGUAUUUGAAGAGGGACCAGAUCCGGAGGUAUCUGGACAGUGCAAUGCAGUGGCGUAGCUUACCAUAGAGGGAGCUUAUUUCAAAAUUUAUUGGGGUCCUAUUAGCAGGCGUUUUAAAAAAAUGAUCCAAUCUCAAUCUUCAAUCCGAUCCUGAGAAUGAACCAAUCAAAAUAACGCAUUUGUAAGUAUAUCAAAACACUUUGUUCUGAUUGGUCCAUUUUUGAGAUAGAUCGCAAAAAGCGAUUGAGUUCAUUUAUUUAAAAUGGCGGUUAGGCACGAACCUCUGCGUGACUGUUUAAGUCUAACGUAAGCAUGGGCAAAGCCCCCCAUAGACCUCGAGGGCGCCGUAUCGGUCGGAGGAGCUACGCCCCUGAUGCAAUGUGAGUUUCACAUAUCGUCCGGAUGGAUUAUAAUCUAAUUACAUAAUUUAUAACGUAGACACUUGUAAGAAAACUUUAUCAAAUUCUGUUCAGCAUGCGAUCAACUUUGAAACGCGCUCAAAAUAUGGCUAUAAACAUAAUGCAAUGUAAUACGAUGUUUUGAAAUUAUUUUAUACAGUUGUUGAAUAAAAUGUUGUCUUUUUAAAAUUACAUUUAUCAGUUAAGCCAUUUUUUAUUGUGAUUUUUUUAACUUAUGUGAAAUAUAGAUUAUAAAGGAAUACACGACCAUAUAACCAUUUAUUAUGUGUGUACAAAAUACUCGCGUUAAUGUAAUUUAAAAUUUCAUUAAUUCUUAGUGAGUUAAUAUUCUCGAAAGUAAAAAUUAAAAACUAAUUAUGUCCCGAUAGCAAAAAUGUGUUCAUAGGUAGUGCCAAUGAGAGUACAAUGUUGACAACCACUGAGUCCGCGUAGACAGAACGAAUUGACUUAUUAUAAUCUUGCUAAAGUUCAAAAUUGCAUAAAAAUUUACAUUUAUUGUCUCCAUUAUGCUGUGCAUGCUAUUUUGUACUUUAAUGCGAUAGUAAUAAAUUGACGGUGUUUCGUCCUGUCUUCGCUAGCUCAUUUACGGACAGCGGUCGCCGUGUCUGCCAAAUUACCUACUAGUCUAGUAAUUACUAGUUAAAUUAGGUAUCUCGCACCUCCCAGCACUUUACACCGAUUCCAACACAUAUUGUGAUGUAUGUAUAUUUUAAUUUAAUUAAAUAAUUUGUACUCUGAUAAAUUUAUUUAUUGCCGAAUUAUGGAAUUAAGUUUUAAUUUUAGCCAUACCAUGGAUUCCUAUUUUAAUUUUUUUGCAAACAAUUUUAAAUCAAUGCAUAUAACGUAAUAAUAUAAUUACUAAUUUGGAUUAUAUUCGUAACGACUAUUAGUCGCAAAUAAUUUUAUAAACUCCGCCCAAUGUCGCACUGUCGCACCUAUAAGUUUGUCAAUUGUGUACAUAUCCUAGUUUGUAUUGCGUUAGUAUUUAAUGUUCCUCUGUUAGGGCGCGCACGACACCAUGUCCGGCCAAAACGGGACACUGUCCCUUUAUCAUCAAAGCAGCAUCAACAUACAUUAGUAUUUAACUAUAAUUUCAUAUUAAGAUUUGAAACUACUCUGCUUUUGUAUGAUAUAUUCAUCGAUUCAAUAUUUAAUUGAUAAAUUAAUAUAGUGUCCUGGGAUGAUAGUGUGUGCGCGGCCCAGGUUUGCAUGUUAUGUAUUUGUCGAUGGUGCACAUUUGUUGUUUGUGAACGCACACGUAUCGAUUAUUACGAUCAUUAGUAAACGAUAUUUUCAUCCGAUUUAAAUGUAUUGGAAAUUGUAUAGUGUGGUCCAUAUAUACGAAUUACUUUUGUGAUUUUAAUUUUUACACAUUUUAUUACUCAAGCGGCUAUUGUAUUGCUCGAAAUAUUGCAGUACGAUUUAUCAUUUAUCAUAUCUUUGGACCCAAUCAUUUCUAAACUGCUCUCCAAAUACAAUACGUACCGUGACAAUUAUCUGCUCCAUUCGACUUUUAUUCCUAGCUCAAUACUAUCUCGACCUUUCGACUUUUGUCGAACUACUAGCUCCAAUUAUAGAAAUACAGUUCCAAAUAUAUAGAUAUAAAACUAGCGUGGUUAUUAACUGUUAAAUCGAUUAAUUUUAAUUUAUUUUAGAUAAUUUAUCGAUGUGGACAACACGUUGAUACGUCGAACCUUACGUGUUAUGAUCACGCAAAUAAUACAAAUGAUGAACUCAAUGAGUAAGAAGUGAUUAUUUAUUGAAUGACAACGAUAGUUAGAACUAUCCAGAAGAUAUGAGAUGACUACUAGACAAUAGAAAACCGAAAUUAUGAAUCAAUUAAGUUUUGACAAAAAUUACUUGUUUAGCGAAAAUUUUAUGACAUCGUAAUUUGUUUUUUAUUUCAAAUAUCUGUUUAGGAACGACAGAAGAUUCAGUAAAUAUCGGUAAUUAAAAAUUUGGGUCGUAUAUGGUAAAUAUAUCGACUAUCCAUGUUUGGUGAGACGUGGGAACGUGUUGUCAAUAUGUAAAUUCGACUGUGGUUUGGUUAGCGAAACACUGUUCUGUCUAAUCGAGUCAGUCUCGAUUGUUAGGCGUACUGUAAAUAAAUGUAUAUGCAACUAGAUACUAGAGUGCUUUUUUUACAAGUCAAAUAUGUAUUACGUGAAUUUGUUUAGAUUAUAAACGAAUAAAAUAUAAAUUAUUGACUGAUUA